CCGGAAGUGGAGGGCGGGGCUUCAGGGAGCUGCUGGACUGAUGACAAUAAGUGUCCAUCAUGACAGCCAUCAAGCACGCUCUCCAGAGGGACAUCUUCACACCCAAUGAUGAGCGCCUCCUCGGCAUUGUCAAUGUCUGCAAGGCUGGAAAGAAAAAGAAAAACUGCUUCUUGUGUGCUACAGCUACCACAGAGAGGCCUGUCCAGGUUAAAGUGGUGAAGGUGAAAAAAUCUGAUAAAGGAGACCUCUACAAGAGACAGCAGACCUGGGAGCUCCGAGACCUCACAGUCGUAGAUGCCAAAGAUGCAAGCAAGGAAAACCCUGAAUUCGAUCUUCAUUUCGAGAAGGUGUACCGCUGGUUGGCGAGCAGCACAGCUGAGAAAAACUCCUUUAUUUCUUGCAUUUGGAAGCUAAACCAGCGUUAUCUGAGGAAGAAGGUGGAGUUUGUGAACGUUAGUGCUCAGCUUCUGGAAGAACUUCCUAAAGCGGAAGAGUCUGUGCCAAGCGGUGAAAGCCAAAGUGUUGCGGGGGGCGAUGAAGAUGCUUUAGACGACUACCAGGAGCUAAGCACCCGCGAGGAGCAGGACAUCGAAGGCAUGAUGGAGGUGUGCGAGUACGCCAUCUCCAAUGCUGAAGCCUUUGCAGAGAAGCUCUUCAAGGAGCUGCAAGUGUUGGAUGGGGCCAACAUUCAGUCCAUCAUGGCAUCAGAGAAGCAGGUGAACAUACUGAUGCAGCUGCUGGAUGAGGCGCUGGGAGAGGUGGACACCAUCGAGGGAAAGCUGAGCAGCUACGAGGAGAUGCUCCAGAGUGUCAAGGAUCAGAUGGACCAGAUCUCCCAGAGCAACCGCCUCAUCCAGAUCAGCAACACCAACAAUGGCAAGCUGCUGGAUGAGAUCCAGUUCCUUGUGAACUACAUGGACUUGUCUAAGGGACACAUCAGAGCCUUGCAGGAGGGUGAUCUAACAUCCCCUAAAGGUAUUGAAGCCUGCAUCAACGCCUCCGAAGCUCUUCUGCAGUGCAUGAACGUGGCCCUCAGACCAGGCCACGAGAAGCUGUUUGCCAUGAAUCAGCAGCAGCAUCUGUUUGCAGAGCUGAGAGAUACGUUUGCUCGCCGCCUCACCAAUCACCUCAACAAUGUGUUUGUUCAUCAGGGCCACGACCAGAGCUCCACCUUGUCGCAGCACACGGCUGAGCUGACGCUGCCCAAACACAGCCCUCUCCACAGGGACCUGCUGCGCUACGCCAAGCUCAUGGAGUGGCUGAAGAACACUCACAGGGAGAAGUAUGAGGGCCUAUCGAGGACUUAUGUUGACUAUAUGAGCAGACUGUAUGAACGAGAAAUCAAAGACUUCUUCGAGGUUGCUAAGAUAAAGAUGGCGGGUACAUCCAAAGAAGCGAAGGGCAAGUUUGCCACGCUUCCGCGGAAAGAGAGUGCACUCAAACAAGAAACGGAAAGCCUCCACGGCAGCUCCGGGAAGCUGACGGGCUCCACCUCGAGCCUGAACAAGCUGACCGUGCAGGGCGCCAACAGCCGGCGCUCCCAGUCGUCCUCGCUGCUGGAUAUGGGCAACAUGUCCGCCUCCGACCUGGACGUGGCAGACAGGACCAAGUUUGAUAAGAUAUUUGAGCAGGUCCUCAGUGAGCUGGAGCCUCUCUGUCUUGCAGAACAAGACUUCAUCAGCAAGUUCUUUAAGCUGCAGCAGCACCAGGCAGUCAUACCCCCUCUUGCACAGCCUGAAUCAGAAGAGUCGGACGGAGGUAUGGCGUCAAGAAUGCCUCCCCAGGCAGAGCACAGGCACUCCCUGUCAUCAGAGAAAGACAUGGUGCGGCUGAUGAUGAAUAAAAUCUUCCAGAGCAUUGAGACUGAGCUCAACAGUCUGAUUGCUCUCGGUGACAAGAUCGACAGCUUCCACUCUCUGUACAUGUUGGUGAAGAUGAGUCACCAUGUGUGGACCGCUGAGAACGUCGACCCGGCCUCUUUCCUCAGCACCACUCUGGGAAACGUGCUGGUCACCGUCAAGAGGAACUUUGACAAAUGCAUAUUGAGUCAAAUCAGACAGAUGGAAGAGGUGAAAAUUUCUAAGAAAAGCAAAGUCGGCAUCCUGUCUUUCGUCGUUGGGUUUGAGGAUUUUGCCGAACUUGCUGAGACGAUCUUCCGUAACGCUGAACGUAGAGGGGACCUAGACAAGGCUUACGUCAAGCUCAUCAGGGCUGUCUUCAUAAAUGUGGAGAAAGUAGCCAAUGAAAGCCAGAAGACACCGCGGGAUGUCGUGAUGAUGGAGAAUUUCCACCACAUUUUUUCUACGUUGUCCCGCCUGAAGAUUUCCUGCCUGGAUGCAGAGAGAAGAGAGGCGAAGCACAAGUACACAGAUCACCUGCAGUCGUAUGUAAUCAACUCUCUGGGUCAGCCAUUGGAAAAACUCAAUCACUUCUUUGAAGGGGUUGAAGCCCGUGUCGCCCAGGGCGUACGCGAGGAGGAGGUGAGCUACCAGCUGGCCUUCAACAAGCAAGAGCUGCGCAAAGUUAUCAAAGAGUACCCUGGAAAAGAGGUCAAAAAAGGCCUUGACAACCUGUACAAGAAGGUGGAUAAACAUCUGUGUGAAGAAGAAAGUUUGCUACAGGUGGUGUGGCACUCCAUGCAAGAUGAGUUCAUCCGUCAGUACAAGCACUUUGAAGGUUUGAUAGGCAGAUGCUAUCCUGGAUCUGGAAUCACCAUGGAGUUCACCAUCGGGGACAUGCUGGAGUACUUUUCCAGCAUUGCUCAGUCUCAUUAGUACGGCUGCUAUUCACUGUCCCUUAAUGACUCACUACUGCCUCACAAUGGAGGAGAUGCACUCACAACUCAUUCAUUUACUACCCUGCAAUGCUUUUUGAUUUAUGAACAUGUCAUGUGUGUCUCUGUGUAUUUUAAAAUAAGGGAAUUGUGCACUGAGCAGUGGUGCAGAUAUUGCUGCACAGCCUGUGUGCCUGUUUUUGAGAUUCACGAACAUUUGCCCCACAUGCCUAAUUGUUUGUCAUAUUUGUUAUUUCUUUAUAUCAUAUGUAAAUAAUAAAUACACGAUUGAAGCAUCUUUCAAA